AUGGCAUUGACUCUAGAACUGAGCUACACCCAUCUUCCUUUCCAGCUUAUAUAUUGCUUCCUGUAUUUUGGCGUCUUCCCACCUGAUCACCUUCCUGUCAGACGUACACAGCUGAUCCGACUAUGGAUUGCCCAAGGAUUUGUGCAGCCCAAGAACAACCGAACAUCAGAGGAGGUUGCUGAUGACUACCUAACCAACCUCAUCUCUAUAGACUUGGUUCAGGCAGUGGAAAGAGAUGUUGAUGGUCGGCCCAAAAUGUGUCGUCCACAUCCAGUUAUGCACCUGGUCCUUCUUCAGAAAUGCAAGGAGGAGAACUUCAGUCUGGUCCUUCCCCAACUGAACAGCAAUAUAGAUGGGCAAGAUAUGGACAAAUUUCAAUCAUUAAGGGUUUUAGAUUUGGAAGACGCACCGAUAGAGAAAUUUCCUGAAGAAAUUGAAAUCUUACAUAGACUAAGGUAUCGAAGCUUGAGAAAUAAAACAGUUAGUGAGGUACCGAAAGCUGUUGGUAAGCUUCUAAACCUAGAAACCUUGGAUCUUAAACAUAAAAAGGUUUCUAGGUUGCCUGUGGAGAUCUUCAAGCUUCAACGCCUGCGCCACCUUCUUGUUUAUAGUUACAAGAUGCAGAAUUUAUUAGACUUUGAUUGUGUUGAAGGGUUGGAAGUUCUUCCAGGAAUCAAGGAUUUGAGUGCGUUGCAGAAGUUGUCAUUUGUCAAAGCAAGCAAGAACACCAAGAUAAUUACGGAACUGAGAAGCUUGACUCAACUAAGGAAAUUGGGAACAAUUGAUCUGAAAAGUGAGAAUGGUAAGGAUUUGUGCCACUCCAAUGGACAAUUGCCAAAGCUUCGCUCCUUGGAUGUGAAAUCAACAGAUGAGGAUGAGAUUCUGGAUUUGCAGGAUUUCGCCACUACUACUCGUCCACUGCCACUUCAACGUCUAUAUCUAAAAGGGCGUCUACAGGAGUCGCCUAAUUGGAUUUCCUUGCUUGAAAGCUUGGUUAAAUUACGUCUGAAGUGGUCAAAAUUAAGUGGUAGCCCAUUGGGAGCCCUUGAGGCUUUGCCUGAGCUACUGGAACUCCAAUUGAUGGACGCUUAUAUUGGGCAAAAAUUAUGUUUCCAGAAAGGAAAGUUUCGAAAGCUUAAGGUACUGGAAUUCCUUCAAUUAGAUAAUUUGAAUGAGAUUGAAGUGCAAGUUGGUGCCAUGCCAAGCCUUGAGAAGAUGAACAUGAGGAGUUGCAAGAACUUGAAAUGCGUACCAGUUGGUAUAAUUUAUCUAAAGCAACUCAAAGAACUGAUUCUGGAAGGAAUGCCUGAGGAAAUUGUGACAAAGCUUCGAGAUGGUGGGGAAGAUCGUCCGUUGGUCGAACAUAUUUCCUUCAUUAGUGGAGGAAAGAUUGUUAACUAUCGUCUUAAAAGUGAUGGAAACUGGGAUCCUGAAAAUCUUUGA